UGGGAGUGUCCUUCUUUAGCGCUUGUGUCUGCUCGUGUGUAAACAGCAGCGAUGAGAUUCAUCUGCGUAUUUGUGUUUGUUCAGCCCAUCCGUUAUAUUAUUGAGAUAUUUUGAUUGAUAUCUGUUAAUAAGAAUUAGAUUGUCGUGAAAUGGACAGUUCUUCAGCGCAAAACACAGAGAAGGACCGACUGCUGACCUCUGUCACGGGCUACGGGUCCAGUGACCUCAACGGCAGCCCACCCACCCUUGAUGUGUCAGGGUCACUUCAACAGGGGGAAGAGGAGGCGCUGAGGAGGAAGCUGAAGUAUUUCUUCAUGAGUCCAUGCGAUAAAUAUCAUGCUAAAGGCCGCAAACCCUUCAAACUUGUCCUUCAGCUGCUGAAGAUCGUCAUAGUUACCGUACAGCUGGUGAUGUUUGGUCUCAGUAAUCAGAUGGUGGUCGCUUUUAAAGAAGACAACACGGACGCCUUCAAGCAUCUGUUCCUGAAAGACUAUGUGGAUGGUUCAGAGGAACCGUUGUGUGUCCACACGCAGAAAGCCGUCCGUGAGAACAUUGAUUUCGCUAUUAAGCAGUAUCUUGCUCUACCACAGACAUCAGUAGGCAGGUACGCGUAUGUUCCAGGUGUUGGUUUAAACGGCAGCGCCCUCUAUCUAUGCCAGCGGUACUACAGGAGAGGCAGCAUUGACCCAGUCAAUGACACGUUUGACAUUGACCCUACUGUCAUCACAGACUGUUUUGGAGUGAAUCCACCUCUAGACGUCAUAUCUCCACAGCAAAAUGACUACAAGAACAUCACCCUCAAAUUCCAAAAAUUGAUAAAUGUUACCAUACAGUUUCGGCUAAAGGCAAUAAACAUUCAGACCAUCAUCAACAAUGAGAUUCCCGACUGUUACACCUUCUCCAUUACGAUUCUGUUAGAUAAUAAGGCUCACAGUGGAAAAAUGAAGCUCAGUUUGCUGAAUGAAGCGACAAUUAAAGAGUGCCGAGACCCCAAUGUGUCCGGACAUGCAGACAGCUAUGCUCGGGUGGGGUUUGAUCUGCUGGUAGCGGUGGUCUGUGGUCUGUCUCUGGUGUUGUGUGGACGCUCCAUCCUCCGAGGAAUCCUCCUGCAAAAUGAGUUUGUGAGAUAUUUCAGACGGUCUCUGGGACGGUCGGUGUGUUGGGGUGACCGUAUGGAGUUUAUUAAUGGAUGGUAUCUGGUCCUGAUCAUCAGUGAUGUGCUCACCAUCAUCGCUUCCUUCAUUAAAAUCGCCAUUGAAACCAAGAAUCUGUCGUCCUAUGAUGUUUGCAGUAUAUUAAUGGGAACCUCUACGCUGAUGGUGUGGGUGGGUGUGAUACGAUACUUCAGCUUCUUUCAGAAAUAUAACAUUCUCAUUGUGACUCUACGAGCUGCGUUUCCAAACGUGAUCAGAUUCUGCUGCUGUGCGGCAGCUAUCUACAUGGGCUACUGCUUCUGUGGCUGGAUCGUCCUGGGACCUUACCAUGCUAAAUUCCGCUCUCUUUCUACAGUGUCAGCAUGUUUGUUUUCUCUGAUAAACGGUGACGAUAUGUUUGCAACGUUCUCUGUGGUGGAGCAAAGUGGGACGCUGGUGUGGGUCUUCAGUCAGGUUUAUCUCUACACCUUCAUCUCUCUCUUCAUCUACAUGGUUCUGUCGCUCUUCAUCGCUGUCAUCACUGGAGCCUACGAUACCAUCACACAACAAACCCAAGACACACCUCAGGUGUCUGAAGUGCACAGAUUCAUCGCUGAAUGUACAGACACGCCAAACUCUGGAAACUUUCGCUGCCCGGAGACGUCAACAACAUGUUCACUCUUCUGCUGCUUCAACUAGUGUGUGUGUGUCUGAAAUGUGUCGUUCUGUAUUUCAUAGUUUGUUUCUUUAAAGGGAAGAGCUGAUUUAUCUUAUAUUUCUUCAGCUGACAUGACAGAGCGCUCAGCAUUCAGAGCUUUUUAUAGGUAAACCAACUCAUGUUUGCACUAGAUCCGCUGAGCUCAUCUGCUCCCUCUACAGGCUGGACAAGACAAGAUUUAAAAAAAAAACAGACAUCACACACUUGCAGACUUUUUGAACAUUUCUAUGGAAAACAAUCAAAACACUGUAAAUCUGAGCAAAAGUCUUGUAGUGUGUUCCGGCCUGAGAUUGAUCACUUUAUUUUUGUUGUUGUGUGUUUAACUUUAAGCCAUUUGUUUUAGCCCUAGGCUGCUGAUCUCGCACGCAAGAUAUUUCCGUUUUAUUGGCAGAGGAGUGUCAGAUGAUAAACGACAGGAGAGAGAUGAUAAAUGCCACGUUCAAACUAGAAACGCACAAUAUGUAGGGUCAGUUUUCUUUUGUUUUACAGUCUGUUCUUUGUUGGAUCUCUCUCUGUGCUGCUGUGUGUGUUAAAGGCAUCACAGCCUGCAGGUUGUUUUUUACAUUAAUAUUAAUGGGAGGGGGGUGCGUUUUCUCCAUUAAAGCUUCACACACACUGCUUUUUUAGAGACUUUCGAGCAUCUCUGUGCGUUUUCUCUCAACAUUGACACUCUGUUCGUAAGAGAAUUCCUGGCGACAGAUCCGAGCAAUCUUUGUGUUAUUUCUCCGAACACAAGACUGAUUUAGUCUCUUCUUAAAUUUCAUAAAGAUGGUGUUUGGAUGCAUUGCUUACACAGAAGGGACCAGACCGCAGAUGAACAAAUGAAAGAAGCAUAAGCUCAGUGUCAUAAUAAUAUUACGAUUAUUAUUGUUUCAUUAAAGGUGAUGAUCAGGGAUUGUGGCAUAUUUAUAAUAUUAGACUUUUGUUAUUCUGAUAAGACAUGCAUUCAAGUGUGCACUAAAACAAGCAGAAUCUUAUUAGAUGAUCUGAUCUUGUGAUGAAGAAUUUGACUUUUACUUUGAUGUAUUUGCCUACCCAGAAUGUAUCUGUAGUGUAGUUUCAUGAUUAUGGUGAGAUAGUUUCAUUUAUUGACGUUUGUGGUAAAUUACAAUUACAUCUACAUCAUGGUUUAAACUAUUUGAGAUGUCUUAACAUGGUUUAGAUGUUCUGUCUGUAUAGACGGUUUCGUAUUAACAACAUAAACAAAUGUUACAGCGUA